UGCCGAUUGGAGCCAGGCGGCACGUGACUUGAGUUGUGUUCGGGUUUUAUGCGUAGGUGUGUUCCACUGGAAACCUAGUUUGCGAGUGUCGUGAAUUAACAACCCUCACGCGAAGAGCUGCUUUACCUUAGGGGCGCUGUGGGUGCAACAAGAUCUUUUCUCGUCCUACGAAAGGGCUAAAGAAUUUUAUGCAGUGCAAUCCAAAAGCAACACAUUGUGGAACACAAUGAAAUGAGCGGUGAACCUCUGAUUUAAAUUUCAGCCGAAGAGCAAGUUUUUUUAUCCCUUCCCUUUGAAGUGGAAAAGGCAGUGAAGAUUAACACACUGAAUCUUUAUCACUUGGAUUUCUGCGUUUCCAUGGCAACAGGGAGAGCUGUGAUGAAAGCUGUCAGAGUGUUUGAAUUUGGUGGACCUGAAGUGCUUAAGUUGCAGUCAGAUGUCUCCUUGCCAGUUCCAAAAGCCAAACAGGUUCUUAUUAAAGUUCAUGCCUGUGGCAUUAAUCCAGUGGAGACCUAUAUUCGUAAUGGAACUUAUCCUAGAAAGCCAGCUCUACCUUACACACCAGGUUCCGAUGUGGCUGGGGUAAUAGAAGCAGUUGGAGACCAUGUAACCACUUUCAAGACUGGAGACCGGGUUUUUACUUUUCAUACCAUUUCUGGUGGCUAUGCAGAGUAUACCAUUGCUUCAGUUGACACAGUUUUUCCCUUAUCUGAUAAACUGGAUUUCAAGCAAGGUGCAGCAAUUGGAAUUCCAUAUUUUACUGCAUUCCAUUCUCUGUUUCAAAAAGGAGAUGCUAAAGCAGGAGAAACCUUGCUGGUCCAUGGAGCAAGUGGAGGAGUUGGAAUAGCAGUAUGCCAGAUUGCAAGAGCCUAUGGUUUGAAGGUUUUGGGCACAGCUGGUACUGAAGAAGGAAUAAAUCUAGUUCUGAAAAAUGGAGCCCACAAAGUAUUCAAUCACAGGAAGAAGGAUUACUUGGUUCAGAUUAAGGAAACCACAGGUGAUCAAGGCAUAAACAUAAUUAUAGAAAUGCUGGCUAAUGUCAACCUUGCCAGUGACUUGUUACUUUUAACCCAAGGAGGAAGGGUGAUGGUUGUGGGAAGCAGAGGUCCCAUUGAGAUAGACCCUAGAGAGACUAUGGCAAAGGAGUCAAGCAUCAGGGGAGUUUCUUUGAAUGCUGCAUCGCAGGAGGAGCUGGGUGAAUGUGCAGCUUCGAUCCUUGCAGGUAUAGAAGCUGGUUGGCUGAAACCGGCAAUAGGUCCUGAAUAUCCAUUGAAGAAGGCAACUGAGGCUCACAGAGAUAUAAUCCACAGCCAGGGUGCUUUGGGGAAGAUGGUGCUUGUUAUUCAUUAAGUACUUAUGUCCUUAACAUUUACAAUGAUCGCAACAUUCUUGGAAUACUUUGCAAAUUAUGAUUUUGAGAUGUAAGAUGCAGCAGUUGCAAAAGGCUCUGAUUUGAACAUUUCAUAUCAAAGUUAUAAAGAUUAGUGGUUAAUGACUGGCUAGCCCGUCCUGGAAAAUAUGUUGUUUGUUCUUUUAUGCAGUGUAUAAAAGAUGAUCUUUCUGGUGGAUUCACAUGAAACUGCUAUAGGGGCCUUCUCUUCAUCUCUCCCUUGAAAAUGCUGGAUGUACCUUUGCUUGCUGAGGUGCUUGCUGAGGAUAGAAUUGUGCCUAAAAUUCCUCUUCCUUAAAAAAAAUUACAUGCAUGGUAAAGUAAUGAGAGUAUACACUCUGUUUUUUCUUUUGUACAAUGAGCUCAAUAGCUAAAGCAAUUAUGGUGGACCCCCAAUAGAAGUACUGUGAGACUUGUCCUCUCUCCUGAUGAGACUCCCAAUCUGAACCUCAGUCCCCUCUUAGUUGUUCUGAAGGAGAUCCCAUUAAAAGCCUAAGUGAAUGGGUAUCCUGAGGAUGAAUCUCAGAUAGCACAUUUAGUCUGCCACAAGCAACAGACAUUCUAUCACAGAGUCAGGAGGUCAGUGAUAUGCACAGACCAUUUACCUACCUCCAUCUCCAGGGCUUGGGUAAUUCCAGUAUAUCCCUUGUUUCAAAGAAUGCUUCAUCAAAGCAACGUGAACCAAUUUCAUGUGAUCCUUAAGCGUCUCCUUUGAUCCAGAUAUUGAUCAAAAUCUGAUUGACUCAGGAUGAUUCAUCAAGGGGAGAUUGUAUUGUUUCACAGAUUCUUUAUGGCAGCCCCACCUUGGAAGGUUAGGUGUCACUUCCUAAUCUGCUAGCAGAUCUGAACAGCAGUUAUCCUCAAACUACCUAGUCAAAUUCCAACUUUAUUUCCUUGGAACAAUGCCAAUCCUGGGAAGGUGUGAUCCCAUGUCUAGAUAUGGGGCUUUCCCCCCUAUAAGGAUCAGCCCAAGUCAGUGCCAGAUUCUUUCACUACCUGAAUACUUGUGGGAUCCUUUCUCUCUUUCCUCGAUACUCUGUUGCCUUAGAUUUCUCCUGCAUAGAUUCCCCAUUAUUUUCAGUCUCUCACAUACCUUGGAUCAGGUAGUAUCACCCUUCUAAAUGUCUUCCUUUUCCUAGCCUUGCCUUAUUCAUCAUCCUUAUUCCAUCCUCAAUGUGUGUGUGCACAUUUGGGAGAGAGAUGUUUAUUGUGGUCUAGUGUCUUAGCCCUUCGGGAGAGGGUGGUAUAUAAAUUUGAUGAAAUAAAUAAAUAAAAAUAAUAAUAGUGUAUCUUCUUGUAGUUCAUAUUUAAUUCACUCAUGGUCUUAUAGUUGAGUGAUGAAUUAUUAGUGAAUAAAAACUUUUAAUUAGUUUGGAGUUGAUCUGUGUUACUUUUCUCUUGGAACAUUGCUCUGGAAUAAAAUCCUCAUAUACACUGA